CUCACGUGUGAUAUAUCCCUCUUGCUCCUCCUAAAAUUAUUUAAAUGCCUACUACAGUUCCACUAAAUCAAAAACAUCCUCCCUUAACCAAUGUCACACUCCAAUUUUUUUUAACAAUAAUAAUAUAUUCCCAUUUUUUUGAACAUUCUAAUAUUCCACUCAUAUAUAAAGAACCCAAGACUUCCCCAAAAAAUUAGACACAGAAGCACAAAUCUAUAGUAAUUUGUAACACAAAAAUAGAAAUGAAGGUUGAAGUAUUCAAUUCCCAAUCGGAAUCAUCUCUGCCAUUCAACGAGAACGAUUCGGAGGAGAUGCUUCUAUACGACGUCGUGGAGGAGGGGCGGCGGCGCUCGUCGAAGGCGUAUCGCGGCGUGAGGCGGCGGCCGUGGGGGAAGUUCGCGGCGGAGAUAAGGGACUCGACGCGGAACGGGGCGAGGGUGUGGCUGGGGACGUUCGAGACGGCGGAGGCGGCGGCGAUGGCGUAUGACCAGGCGGCGUUCGCGAUGCGGGGGCAGGCGGCGGUGCUCAACUUCCCGGUGGAGAGGGUGAGGGAGUCGCUGCGGGAGAUGCGGUGGGGCGCGGAGGAGGAGAGCUCGCCGGUGAUGGCGUUGAAGAGGAAGCACUCGAUGCGGCGGCAGAAAAAGAGGGAGAAUGUGGUGGUGUUUGAGGAUUUGGGGGCUGAGUAUUUGGAGGAGCUUUUGAUGAUGAGUAGUAGUAGUAGUAGUAGUAGUUCAAGUGUGGAAACUACUUUUAAUUACUUCUAGUUUUCUUGGUGAAUUUCACUACCCAACAAAUGGAUUACUCUUUAUAAUUUUCCUAAGUAUUUUGUCCAUAUGUAUAAUGUAAUAGGGAUUAGGGGGCCACCUUUUUUUUUUUAUGUUACCUACAAAUGCUUUUUUCUUGAGCUUUUGUUAGGAGGUUUAUUUUCUUCCAUUUAUAUGAAUUUGGAUGAAAUUUUGAUGUUAUAAAUAUAUAGUGCAUGUGUGGAAGAGUUGGUGGUUUUUUGCAUGGGAUGAAAAUGUUGUUUAGUAAAGAAGAAACAGUAUUUCUAUUGUUUUGUAGGGGUUCA